AUGAGUCGAGAACAGAGUCUGACUAUCCUGUCUGAGAUCCUCGAGAUUCUGCGUUCAGCCAAGCCUGUUUCAAAGCUUGAGCCUGAAAUCAAAGACUGCCUUUCGCGGUUUUCGUUCUUAAUAACUCUCACGGCCAACGACACAAUCGAGCGCCAGAAACUGGCCAAUUCGCUUUCAAUCUGGACCAAGAUCAACGAGGUGUUCCAGCUGUAUUUGGAGACUGUGGAUGCCGACCCGCAGCUGGUUGCCACGCCCCUGGCGCAGUACAAAACUCGGCUCAUCAGGGGAGUUAUACUGCUUGCCCGAAACCUGAUUGUGGGGCUACGGGACCUGCUCAAUCUGGACGAUAAGCAACGUUCUGAGUUCUAUCACGUUCAUGGCCUCAGAUGCAAAGACGUCUCGGGAGACAUUUUGAUCCAGUCGCUGUACCAGAACCAUUUCAACAACAUCAUUCCUCUGUGUCUUCGAUUUCUAGAUAUCCUCGAUAGCUUCCCGGAAAGAUCUCCUAAACACAGUAUCGAGAUUUAUUACAAUAGCAUCACAUCGUGCUUCCAGUAUCUGAACAACGUCACCAACAUUGACACCAAGUGGACUAAGCAGGCUGUGCCCGAUUACAACGUGGACGCGUUCCUGGACUUUCUCACCAGACUGCCGCAAUACUGGCAUGCAGCCGGCGAUCAGGUGUUGCCCGACUUUGACCUGCUAGUUGCAAUUCUAAUGUACUUCCGCAACCUUUUCAGCCAGGAUGAGCUUCUGACUCGCAUCUUCCGCUACCAUUCGGUCAGGUUCAUCGUCUUUGUGGGUAACUACCUGUCCUACAUCGUGCCCUACUCUCGCGGAUGCAAGCAUUUCACCCAGGAACAGUGCGACCAGCUCGAACUAGUUUAUCUCGGCACGUACAUGAAUAUGAUCUCGCACGAGAGCGUGGGCUCUUGUCUGCUCGAAGCUGCGAAUUCAAACACCAACAAGGAGACCGCAUACAACGCGAUCAGCGAGCUGCUUAACGUAUUCCAAAUCAUAUUAACUAGCAAAGAAGAAGGGUGGGAUAAGCUCAAGUUGGUCAACAUCGUGGCAUGGAUCACGGAGUACUACAAGUACGCUUCUCACGAGGCGUCUGUGUUGCUGGACAAACAGACAUUGGGCGCUGAGGAGUCGGAGAAGCUUGCUCGUUUGCAUAAACAACUGAUCUCGGUGCUCGACAGUCUCUCGAGCCUGACCAAGUUCGAUAGCGUGCGCCAGAUGCUCAACUACUACGAGUUUCUGCCCCAGCUGGUUGCGUUUUUCCAGGUCGUGGACAGAAACACGUUCCGCAAACGUCUCAAGGACGAGCAGUCUCCGCCAAACACCAAAGAGUUUCCGCAGGUCAAACUCAUCAUGAUCGAGAUCAUCACCUCGCUGGUUUACCAGAACUUCAAGAACCAGGAACUCAUGCGCGAGAUCCACGGGCUCGAGCUGAUUCUCAAUAAUUGCAACCUCGACACAAACGAGCCGUUCAUCAAGGAGCGCGCAAUCUUGUGUAUCAAAUACUUGCUUCUGGACAAUCCCGGCAACCAGGACUUUGUCGCCAAGUUGGAGGCCAAGGGCACGUCGAUCGAUGCCCAGAACAAACAGAUCCUCGAGCAGGCCGGGUUCGAGAUCGAUAUCGAGGACGGCAAGGUCAAACUCAAAAAGUCUCCCCGGGUGACAGAACUCGAACAAGGCGCGACGGGCUCGUGUCAAGGGCCGAAUAACUAG